UGUAUACACUAUAAUGGAGUGACGAUUCCCCUCCUGUGCAGUGAAUAUACUGUAUAUCCCUUCCCUCAGCUCGCCCACCCCUGACCCCGCACUGCUCCGUUAUCCACCUCCGGGAGGAGGAGUCUGGGAUCCCUGCGGGGACAGAGCAUCACACCGGGGUCAGGCAGCACCGGCCAUAACCUGCGGGAUGUGAGCUGAGGGCCCCGCAAUCACAGAUGUGCAAUGGCCGGACCGGCCGGUGAGCAGCGCUGACAGUCCCGGGGACCCCGCUGACCCGCAGCCAUGGCCUUAGUGACUCUCCAGCGAUCCCCAACGCCCAGCGCCGCCUCCUCCGCCAGCACCAGCGAGGAGUUUGGCACUGAUGAAGAGCGCAAGACAAACCUGAGCUUGAGUGACAGUUUUUUCAUGGUGAAGGGAGCUGCCCUCUUCCUGCAACAAGGAAAUAGCUUCCAAGGACAAAGGAGUCUUCUUCACUUGCACAAGAAUGCCGGUGACCUACCUCAGCACCUUCAGGUUAUGAUCAAUCUUCUUCGAACUGAAGAUCGCAUUAAACUAGCUGUCCGUCUAGAGAGCAACUGGUCAGACCGUGUGCGUUACAUGGUGGUGGUCUACAGUAAUGGGCGCCAGGACACAGAGGAGAAUAUUCUACUAGGGGUAGAUUUCACCAGUAAAGAAAGUAAAAGUUGCACCAUCGGCAUGGUUCUGCACUUGUGGAGUGACACCACCAUACGUUUGGAUGGGGAUGGGGGUUUUAGUGUCAAUACCGCUGGAAGAACUCAUGUGUUCAAACCAGUAUCGGUCCAGGCCAUGUGGUCAGCACUUCAGGUCCUCCACAAGUCCUGUGAGGUUGCCCGACGGUACAAUUACUUCCCUGGUGGACUUGCACUUGUUUGGGCUUCAUACUAUGAGAGCUGCAUUAGCUCUGAUCAAAGCUGCAUCAAUGAGUGGAACACCAUGCAGGACCUGGAGUCCACUCGGCCAGAUUCCCCUAUACUCUUCAUGGACAAACCUACUGAAGGUGAGAAGACUGAAUUGGUUAUCAAAGCAACACUGCGGAGCAUCAUGAUGAGCAAAGACUUAGAGAAUGUGACGUGCAAAGAGAUUCGGAAUGAGCUGGAGAAGAAGUUAAGCUGUAAUUUGAAGGAGUACAAGGAAUAUAUAGACAAUGAAAUGUUGCUUAUUGUUGGGCAAAUGGAUAAAGCUUCUCAUAUAUUUGAUUACCUUUACCUGGGCUCUGAGUGGAAUGCAUCAAACUUGGAAGAAUUGAAUAAAGCAGGAGUGGGCUACAUACUGAAUGUGACCAGAGAAAUAGAUAACUUUUUUCCAGGCCUUUUCGCCUAUCAUAAUAUCCGAGUAUAUGAUGAGGAGUGCACUGACCUAUUGUCACACUGGAAUGAUGCCUAUAACUUUAUUAACAAAGCAAAGAAAAAUCACUCCAAGUGUCUGGUGCACUGUAAAAUGGGAGUCAGUCGCUCCGCUUCUACAGUUAUUGCCUAUGCAAUGAAAGAGUAUGGCUGGUCAAUGGAGAAAGCGUACAGCUAUGUAAAGCAGAAACGCAGUGUAGCAAGGCCAAAUGCAGGGUUCAUGCGUCAGCUCUCAGAGUAUGAAGGAAUCCUCGAUGCCAGUAAACAACGACACAACAAACUAUGGAAACAACACGUAGAACAAACUGAAUUUGAGUCAAUGUUUCCAUCUGCCUAUCAGCCACCUAACCUGGAAUCCGAACUUCAAUACAGAUUAACUGAGGAAGAUGUAGAAGAUCAAUGUUCUGAAAGCCAAUGUUUUGGGGAUCUCCCAGAGCCUCAUGGCUUUAUUGAGCCAACUGUGCUGCUGGAAGUCCAAGACUUGGAAAGAGAUGCCUUACUAGUAGAACCGCCUUUUUCAGAUUCAUACUGCACUAUGAAAACCAAAGAUAAUAUAUGUGACACAGCAGUAGGAGAUUUAGAUCUCCAAAUACAAGAAGUAAAGAAAAAGUUGGACUUUGAAAGCACUAGUGCACAGUACCUUGAAGAUGACCUCAGCUCUGCGGACACUGAGAGGAUGAAGCUAUCUGCACCUAUGACAUAUUACAGAGAAGAUCCACGUGCUGGCAAGGAAUUCUCAAGCAGCAGCAGUAAGAGAAGCUGUCCAAAAGACAGUGAGGAAGAUGCCAUAUUUGGAAUCCUUAGCAAGGUGAAGCCACCUUAUCCAUCUUGUACAGACUGUAUGUAUUCUGAGGCACAGGAAGACUGCCAGGAUCUGGAUACAGUUGGCAUGCCUGAAGCCCCCACUGUAUGCACUCAGCCAGCCUUAUUACAACACAUGACUUCAGCAGUCCUGGACAGAUUGCAUGGACACAAACGAGUUAAAUCUACACCAUUGCAGUCUGAUUUGUGUGCUUCUAAAUCCGAAGAUAUAAAUGACAGAGAUUCAGGUAAACUUCAAGAAGCAUCUGGUCAAGGAUUCUGUGAAGACUCCGUCUCCAAAAGAGAUUUUAAACAGGCUAAAGAUCUAAAAUAUUUAUUUUUCAGCAGGGACUUGGAAAAGCCUUUGUCACAUAGCUACUUGAUGCAACACCAAGAAUCUAUUAUUCAGCUUCAGAAAGCUGGCUUGGUUAGAAAGCAUACCAAAGAAUUAGAACGUCUCAAGAGUGAAGGCUGUUCUGUUCUUAAAGAGAGUCCUUUAGAGAAGACCGAGAGCUCUAAACAGGAAGAUCCGCAGCAAUUCCCUGCUCGGUCUGUUGAAGACCAAACAGAUAGCACAGCAAAAGUAGACUUAGCUGACAUAUCGGAUAGUGUGUUUCAGAAGACCUCUACUCCAUCCUACAGUAAACCUGAAUUGAUAAGUAGCUAUACAAAAGACUUCCUAAAAACUAUCUGCUAUACGCCAACAUCUUCAUCAAUAAGUUCUAAUCUCACCCGCAGUUCAAGCAGUGACAGCAUCCACAGUGUUCGUGGUAAGCCUGGUCUUGUCAAACAGAGAACUCAAGAAAUCGAAACUCGCAUGCGUCUAGCUGGUCUUACCCUUUCUUCACCUCUUAAGAGAUCCCACUCACUAGCCAAACUGGGAAGUCUCAAUUUUUCCACGGAUGAUUUAUCAUGCGACCCUGAUACCUUUCAAAGUUCUGGGUUCAAAAGCCCAAGACUGAGAGACGAUCUUGUCUGCAAUGACACUCCGUCAUCAUCCUCAACAAUGGAAACUCCAUCAGGUCUCAUGGAGUCUAAUAAUUCCUCAAUGACCGAUACAGAUACACGAUGACUUUUUAUCAAAUAUUACUUUUAUUGUUUGUCUGAUGUAAAUGUAGUGGGCAGAUUGGAGACCAACAUUUGUUUUUGCUUUUAUACCCAUUGCUUAUUGACUUGACUAACUGUGCGCAUAUUAUUGCAUUCUUUACUAAUGUUUUUUUUCUUACGUUUUUUGUAUUGUGGAUUUAUUUCUAUUUUAUUGUUACUGCCAAUGAAGGUACUGUUUUUGUAUUUAAGUUAGUUUUGGACUGGGUACCACAAAAUUGUUACAAUUUGAAAAAAGGACACAUUUAUUUAUAUAUAUAUAUAUAUAUAUAUAUGUGUGUGUGUCUGCAUUUCACAUGUACUGAAUGCUACCUCCAUUUACUUUAGAAAGGCUUUAUAAAGACACAUAUACUUAAUUAACAGUGCUGUACAAUUAAAGAGAAUCUGCUGUCGGACAGAACCCGGGCAUUUGUAUUUGCUUAAUGCACCUUGUUCACUCUGUAAUAACUAGAAAUACCAGGAAAAUAUCAUGACCGUGUUUUAAUGGAGAGUGUUGGACCAUGUUCAUGCAGGAUUAUUAUAUGGAUCCACUGGUAUUCUGUUAAUGGGAGAGAAUCUGGUAUCUUAAAAUGUAGGCAGAAAAUUUAGGUGGAAUAAAUAAAUGCAUUUAGGCAUGCA